AUGUCAUUCUCAUCCUUGAGUUCAACACAUACUCCCGACGACAAUCUAACAAGAGACACAGCCGCUCUGGUUCCACUGACAGAGAGGUCGAGCACGAGAAUCAUCAAUCUCGCCCUUCCUCAGGAGUUGGGAGAUCGUCUCACCCAUUUCGUGGUCCUCAUGAUGAAGAAUUUUGGGAAGCCUUCUCUAAAAGAGCCAGCCUUACAGGAAGGCCGUACAUCGGUUGUUCCUGGGGUCGAACCUAGGUUGGAGGCUAUACUUGAUGAACACGAAGUGAGCCAAAGUCCUUUCGUGGAACAUAUUUGUUUGUGCACUAAGCCUAACAACUUCAAGCUACCUGAAGACAUCAAGAAACAUCGUGAAGACACCUGCCCAGUCACCUUCCUGGCCGACUACACUGCAGCCAUGGAUCUUUGGGGAGCUUCAAGAGAGCUUAUGGCCAAAGCGUAG